UCGAAAAGAGCUGAAUGUAUUAUAUUCAAAUUGAUUUUCUCUCUUCUCAAAUAGUUUUAUCUAUGUUCAUUUAGUUAAUUCGCCGGUAAAGGUAUGGAAAUGGAACUACCGUAUAUGGCAGAGUAUGCCAGAACUGGACGUGCGUCUUGCAAAGGAUGUAAAUCUUCUAUUGGCAAAGACCACCUUCGAAUUGCUGUUAUGGUUCAAUCUGCAUUUCACGACGCAAAGGUACCGAAUUGGUUUCAUAAAGACUGUUUUUUUAAGAAGCAACGCCCAGUCUCAGUGGGGGACAUACAUAAUUUUGAAAAUUUACGAUUUAAUGACCAAAAGGAAUUGGAGAAUCUUAUCGGUACAGUAAAUGAAGUUGUAUGCGUAAAACCAGGAAAGAAACGUUUAAAUGUUGAUAGCGUAGCAUUAAAAGAUUUUGGAGUUGAAUAUGCCAAAUCCGGUCGAUCUUAUUGUCGUGGAUGUGAACAAAAAAUAUGUAAAAAUCAAGUUCGUGUACGGAAAACUGUUUAUGAUACUGAAGUAGGAAUGAAAUAUGGUGGCCAGCCCUUGUGGCAUCAUUUAGAAUGCUUUGCCCAAUUGCGUACAGAGCUUGGUUGGUUUGAUUCUGGGGAAAAUAUACCCGGCUUUUCAAUUUUAAAAUCUGAUCACCAAGAGGAAGUGAAAAACCUUAUCCCGUUAAUGGAAUCUAAUGGAAUACCAGAACCAAAAAAAACAAAAACAGAAAAAAUCAAUGAUUCUGAAGAAAAAGAAAAAAUAACGGAAAUAAAAAAACAAAACGAUCUAUUUUUUACAUUUCGCGAUGAACUUAAAAGUCGAAUGAAAAAAUCAGACAUCAGCAGACUUUUGAUUUGGAAUAAUCAGCAACCUUUAUUAGGUGACUCUGAAAGAUUAUUUGAUCAAGCUGCGGACUUAUUGGCUUUUGGUGCAAUUCAACCUUGCGUCGAAUGCAAAAGUUCUCAGUUUACAUUCAAUAAGUCUGGUUAUAUAUGUAAUGGUAAUAUUUCGGAAUGGACUAAGUGUAAUACGCUGUUAAGAGAACCUGUAAAAUCAGCUUGCCAAGUACCAAAGGAUCUGACGGAAAUUUAUGACUUUUUAAAUACUGUACAGAAAAAACCAGUAACACGGAUAAUACAAUAUCUCCCCCCAAGUGAAACCACUAUAACUAAAAAUUUAAAGCUAAAACACAAUCACGAUGAAUUUGACGGUCCAAAAAUUAUUCGUAAAAAGCCUCCAUUGUACAAUUUGAAGUUUUCCGUUAUCGGUAUGAAAAAUAUGGAGAUUGAAAUAAAGAGAAGAAUAGAAAAAUUGGGCGGCCAAUAUGAUAAUAAAAUAUCUGAUACAACCAUAGCCAUAUUAUCCACCGAAUCAGAAAUAAAAAAAAAAUCUAUCCGUAUGGAGUCUGCAAAAAAACUUGGAAUACAUAUUGUACCCUUAGAAUAUUUGGAUUUUGUGGAAGCUGACGCUGACAGAGCUAUUAAUUAUAUAAAUAGUAUGAGCCUGUGUAAUUGGGGUACUGACCCCCUUCUAAGAGUGCCUCUGGAUGGUUCAAAGAGUUCAAAGAACAAAAGUAUAUAUACAAAAUCUGUGCCAAUUUCAAAAACGUUAAAAGUUAAGGAUGGAACAGCUGUAGAUCCGGACAGUGGCCUUGAGGAUAUCGCACAUGUAUACGUUCACGGAAAAGAUAAAUACAAUGUAGUACUCGGCUUGACUGAUAUUCAGCGAAAUAAAAAUUCUUAUUACAAAUUACAGCUUUUGGAAGCUGAUAAAAUGUCAAAAUACUGGAUUUUUCGUUCUUGGGGUCGAAUCGGUACCACUAUUGGAAAUUCAAAGAUUGAGGAGUUUGACACAAUUAUCCCCGCCAUAAAAGUAUUUCAAAAAGUAUAUUUUGAUAAAACUGGAAAUGAAUUCGAAAAGCGAGACAACUUUAUUAAAAUUUUUGGACAUAUGUACCCAAUAGAUAUUCAGUAUGGUAACGAAACGAAUAUUUGUUUACCUGAUACAGAAUCUCUAAAUUCAAAGCUAGAUCCAUGCCUGCAAAAUUUAAUAAGGCUGAUGUUCGAUGUUGAUUCUAUGAAAAGAACAUUGAUGGAGUUUCAUAUUGAUAUGGAUAAAAUGCCACUGGGAAAACUUAGCGUAGUUCAAGUACAAUCUGCUUACACAGUGUUGAGCGAAAUUUUUGAAUUAAUUAAAUCUGGAUCCAGUAAUGUGCAAAUUAUUGAUGCGACAAACCGUUUUUAUACCUUGAUUCCUCAUAAUUUUGGAAUACAGUCUCCAACUUUAAUUGAAACAUAUAAACAAAUUGAAGAUUUGCGACAAGUUUUAGAUUCGCUAGCUGAAAUCGAGGUUGCCUAUAACUUAAUUAAAAGUGAAAAUACAAUUGAUAAUAUUAAUCAAUUGGACAAACAUUAUGCCCAAUUGAAAACUAAAUUAGAUCCACUAGAUAAAAGUAGUGAAGAGUUUUCCAUUCUUCAAAAUUAUGUUAAAAAUACUCAUGCCUCUACCCAUAGCGCAUAUGAGUUGGAAGUAGUGGAUGUGUUUAAAGUACAUCGUCAAGGGGAAUCAAAACGUUAUAAACCCUUCAAGAAGUUACAUAAUAGAAAACUAUUAUGGCAUGGCUCACGAAUAACAAAUUUUGUCGGUAUAUUAUCACAUGGCCUUAAAAUCGCGCCUCCAGAAGCUCCACCAACUGGCUAUAUGUUCGGAAAAGGAAUUUAUUUUGCUGAUAUGGUGUCAAAAUCUGCCAACUAUUGUUGUACAACCCAACAAAAUUCUACUGGAUUAAUGCUUCUUUCUGAAGUUGCUUUGGGAGAUAUGAUGGAAUGCACAGCAGCCAAAUAUGUUACAAAACUUCCAAAAGAUAAACACAGCUGCUUUGGUCGAGGUGUUACAAUGCCAAAUCCAAAGGAAAGUUUUUUACGACAUGAUGGAGUUGAAAUACCUUUGGGACAAGCAGUGACAAAUUCAAGCUUAAAAUCGUCAUUAUUAUACAAUGAAUAUAUCGUGUAUGAUGUUGCCCAGGUGAAUGUGCAGUAUCUAUUUCGGAUGGAAUUUAAAUAUAAAUAUUAGGUUAUAAAUAUAUUUAAUUUGAAUGUAAGAAAUAAACUCAAAUAAUAAAAUAUUAAUGGAGUGAUAA